AUGAUUGAGCACUUUAAAAGCCUCAUUCGUCAUGGCAAGCAAGCCACCAAGCAUGGGCGAGAUAAUGGUCGCCAACCAAAAACUCCGCAACCUCUGCCCGAACGAACUCACACCAAUUCUCGCAUUUACCCGGAAAUUGCUCCAAAGGUCGACAAUGCAACUGCUGUAGCUCAAAUUGUUGCCGAGGAGCGUGAUCAAAAAGCUAAAGUGCCGAAAUAUCCUGGUUUGCAGCGUUUUCAAAUUCUGAAAAAAAUGGGCGAUGGUGCAUUUAGUAAUGUAUACAAAGCAUUGGACACUGUCACCCAGAAAAAAGUUGCAAUCAAAGUUGUCCGAAAAUAUGAGCUUAAUAAUUCACAGGCGACUCCAUAUAAUAAUCCUUUAAGUUUCUCUGAGAGGCAUCUUCACCGUGAUGUGAAGAAUAAGCCUCGUGCUAUUGAGCGCGCCAACAUCCUUAAAGAAGUUCAGAUUAUGCGUCAGUUGAAACAUCCGUCGAUAGUAUCACUCGUUUCUUUUUCGGAAGAUAAAGAGUACUAUUAUCUGGUUCUGGAAUUAAUGGAAGGUGGUGAAUUGUUUCAUCAGAUCGUAAAAUUGACAUAUUUUUCGGAACCCUUGUCACGGCAUGUUAUCGUUCAGGUUGCCGAAGGGAUCCAUUAUCUGCAUGAAGAAAAAGGUGUCAUUCAUCGUGAUAUUAAGCCCGAGAAUUUAUUAUUUGAUCCAAUUCCUAUCAUACCAUCAAAAGUUCCGCCUCCACCACCCGGUCCUAACGAUGAACCUAAAGAGGAUGAAGGCGAAUUCAUUUCUGGUGUAGGAGGAGGUGGCAUUGGUGUAGUAAAAAUUGCAGAUUUUGGCUUAUCAAAGGUAGUUUGGAAUGAGCAAACAAUGACACCAUGUGGAACUGUCGGAUACACUGCACCAGAGAUUGUCAAAGACGAACGCUAUAGUAAAAGUGUUGAUAUGUGGGCACUCGGUUGUGUUCUCUACACACUCCUAUGUGGAUUCCCACCUUUUUACGACGAAAGCAUACAGAUUCUAACUGAGAAAGUUGCAAAAGGGCAUUACACUUUCCUAAGUCCUUGGUGGGAUGAUAUAUCUGCUUCUUCAAAAGACUUGAUCACACAUUUGCUUGAUGUGGAUCCCGAUAAACGUUAUACAAUUAAGGAAUUCUUCGAGCAUCCAUGGGUGAAAGAUGAGCCUUUCUAUCCUAAUGUAACAACAAACGCCUCUCAAAAUGUUGAAACUAUGUCAAACGAAACGAAUAUUGGGGGUCAUCAGUUGCCACCACUGGAUUUUGGUUCUUCAGCAACUACACCUUCAGUUCGUCUUAAUAGAUUACUCCAACCUGAAGUUUUUUCACCUGGUUUGGCUUCAUUGAAAGAAGCUUUUGAAGUAAGCUAUGCUGUACAUAGAAUGGAAGAAGAAGUUCCACGUCGAAAAAAGGUUAAUAUAAACAACGAUGUUCCACGCGAGAAUUUCUUGAAAAACAUGAUCACAAUAAUUCAAAAUGACGAUGAAGACGAUGAAGAUGAACUGUUAACCUGGUCGUCGUCUUCUACAAACCAGACAAAAAGUGAACAUUCGGCAGUAGGUCCAUCUUAUUCACAUGCUAAUGAGCCUGUCAAAAUGCAGACCGGUAAUAAAAAUGCGGUGUUCCCUUCUGCGGUCAAAGCAAAGAAAAAUCAAGCAAGACGAAUUGAUUUCGAUCUUAAUCUUGAAGGUGCGACUUUGCUAGGAAGGAGAAGGAAAGCAUUGCAAGCCGUGGGUUAUUAA